AUGUUGCAACUCCAACAGUCUUGUACAGCUUACCCUGCUGCCGGUGUUCAAUAUCUAUCUCUUCCAAACCAAACGUUUCUUCUAUUUCCGUCCGCCGAUGCAAUCAUCGUCCUCGAUGCCAGAACACUUGCCUUCAUUCGCGUUCUAGCUUUCUGGGAGGCUUUUCCAACCACAAUAAACACAAACCAGAAUAUUUCAUGUAUCUCAGUGGAUUCAGGAAUGAAACUUGUAGUUGCUGCGAUCAACACACGAAUCGCCGCUUGGUCUCUUUCGGGUGUGCAGCAAGACGCGUGGCGGAUACAUUCAACUCUUGUCCUUCCCGAGAACCACAUCGUUACGGCUUUGGAUAAUAAAGCUGGUCUCCUCGCCGUUGGCACUGGACGAGGGCUUUCUGUUUAUACCCUAGUCUUGGAAAAUGACCUACCAACGUGGUCACAGAAAUGGGCCGCAUCAGUCCCAGCGGUUACCCUUGCAAGCUUCGCCCCGUCCCUUAUGUACAUCGCGACCGUGUCCAACACGGACAAUUCGGUCAGAUUAUUUUCCACAACUUCUGGUCGACGAACACAAGUUCUUCCUCACCCGCGUCCAGUCGUUAAAGUAGCAUGGCGGCGUUCGCAAGCAUCAAGCCGUGAUGACCUCAUUCUUUACACAAUCACGUCGGAUUCGACGUUGCGAAUCUUCCUUCCCGUGUUGGACUCUCCAGAACAUCUUCAAUUGCACGCAUCCUUAGAUGUUUUCUCUUCGUCUCCCCUCUCCAUUUCCUCAAAUCAAUUGGCUUUGGGCGCAUCCACGGUAUUCUGGUUAGACCGGCGGAUCGUAGGUACCGUGUUAAGUAGAAUUUUAGAAACAAAUGGAGCGCAAGACGACGUGCGGAUUACAAGGAUUAGAGAGAUUUCUGACGAGGGAUGGGAUUUAUUUUUCCGCGUCUUGGGAGAUGGCUCCGUUGUUAUUACCGCCGUUUCCAAUAUUGACAGACGCCCUCCUACCCUUCUAGGGCAAUUCACUUUGCAUCAAGCGCAGCCUGGCGUGUUUUCAUGCCCACCCUCUUACCUUUACGUCUUGCCCAACCCCGAUUUAAAUCUGCUAACACUCGUGACAUCACCACCUCUCAUGUCCAUCGAUUUCUCUCCCCUGCUCUUUUUUGGCGCUCAGUCACAAGCCCUUCACAUUUCUUCCAAGGCUGUGGAGAGAAUACCCGCUGAAGAAUCAGAGAUUCUUCGACUUGUGAGGACGCCAGAAGGCAAGGGUGUAGGUGUUCUUCGCAAAAACGGUGGAGGAGAGGCUUGGAGGAUUACAGAGCGGGGCUCAAAACUUGUUAGAUCUGUAAGGUGGAACGAUGCCGAUUUUAUGGUUCCUUUAGAGCAUGGGUGCCAGAUUGUGACAUAUUCAAAGGCCGACGGGCUUUUAACGCUGCACUCUUCACCUCCUCAAAUUUUGACAUUGCCCACACUCGAAUCUUUAUUCACCCUGCCCUCUCCAAGUGGACAUGAGUAUAUCAUCGGAAUUACCACAGAACUUUCGAUUAUUCAAAUUCAUGCGCCGACAGGUUCCGACCUUACCAUUCGGUCUCUUGAUAAGCUCCCACUUCCUUACUUGCCAAAACUAAUUUUACCCGUGGACCCAAUGGCUUGGAGACUCACUCACGCCUGGGCUGAACAUGACGUCCUCCUCAGUGUCUCCGAACAAGGGGAGUUGGCCUUUUGGGUUCCAGAAGCCACCGGGGAAUCUAGGUGGAGGUGCACUGCGACAGUCAAAACAGGUCGGACGGGCUUCAAAAAGGCGCGUUGUAGUUCUAUGAAAAAGACAGCUCUAGUUGUUGAAGGAUCCGAUGGAGAUGAGUUGACUAUUUGGGAUUCAACCGAGUCAGAGUUUGCUUCAGGUCUAGAGUACAUCGGUAUUCAUAGUGAACCGAUUCUUGAUUUAGAUUGGAGUUCAACGCCAGACAUGCAAUCUAUAUUGGCUGUUGGCUACCUUCGCCACGUGAACCUCCUCUGUCAGCAACGAAUGACUUAUUUCGAUGAAGGUCCUGGAUGGGCGUUGUGUCGAAAAAUAGAGAUUCAAAGCUUCACUCCGUACCCUAUCAGCGAUUCUAUUUGGUUGGCUCAUGGGUCAUUUUUGGUAGCUGCUGGGCAACAAAUGUUUUUAUUCAGUGAACCUCCGCAACCGGAACCAGAGGCGGAAAGCUUAUUUGAAUUCGUUGCACGACAAAAUGGACCCUUGGAAGAUUAUCACCCACAGAUGUUGCUGCAGUGUCUUUUAUGGGAGAAAGUCGAGCUUGUAAAAGAAAUUGUGGUAAAUCUGGCGCACGACGUCGAGAACCGCGGAAACAAUCCAGCUUAUAAAUGGACCUCGCUUUCUGUUGACAAAUUCUUUCAAACGGACAGGGCCGCAAGCGAGUAUGUGGCCAAGAAACGAUAUAGCAUGUUGUUUAGCGAGCCAAAUCCAAAGGAAGACGAAGAAAAGGAGGGUUUUUCGAGGCCACUCGUCACCCGUUUGAUCGAAGCUCUUGAGACCAACCCACUCCCUCGCUUGACAGUAAACGAGCAAGCACAUCUCUCGGUGCUCAUUCAAACUACGUUGGAGAUCGACGAGCAACGGCGUGCAUUAGAUUCAAAUGGUCUUCGAUAUCUAAUCUCGAUGCGAUCAUUUUAUAUUCUCAAUCGCCGGGUGUCUUCGAGCAGCCCACCCACCGCUGGUUCCAUUCCUCUGCAAACGGGGAGGCGUGAGCGGCUUCGUUACCGUGAUAUGAUAUGGGCUUUUCACAGCGAAAGUCAGGAGCUGUUGUUGGCCUCGUCGACAGACGCCUGCAACAAAAAAAUGACCUGGACAGAUGCAAGAUCACUGGGAGUUGCGCUAUGGUUGAACUCUCCAGAAGCAUUGAGGUCACAGUUUGAAGUAAUAGCACGUAACGAAUAUAUGGCUGGUGAUGCUCGAGACCCAACGGCGUGCUCAUUAUACUAUUUUGCACUGGGAAAGCCGAAACUUGUGCAAGGACUUUGGCGGCAAGCUGCAUGGCACAAGGAGCAGACAAUCAUGCUGAAAUUCUUGUCCAACGACUUCACCGAACCACGAUGGCGAACUGCUGCACUAAAGAAUGGAUAUGCUUUGCUCAGCAAGCGCCGUUUUGAGUACGCGGCAGCCUUCUUCUUGCUCGGCAACGCCUUGAAAGAUGCCGUCAAUAUCUGCAUCAAGCAGCUAGGGGAUUUCCAGCUCGCUGUUGCUCUCGCACGUGUAGUGGAGCAGGCUAAUGACGGGCCUAUACUGUUUGAUGUCCUCACGAACACAGUGCUCCCAAUCGCCUUGCAACAAGGUAACCGAUGGUUGGGUAGUUGGGCCUUUUGGUUGCUGCAUCGUCGAGAUCUGGCUGUCAGAAUUUUGCUAACGCCUUUGCAAAACAUUGCCACAGCGUACAACAUCAUCGUCACAGAGAUUAAAGAACCUCAUUACGACGAUCCUAGUCUUGCACUGCUAUUCUCUCAGCUGAGAUCGAAGACUUUGCAAGCUGCAAAGGGAACAAGCGAAAUUUCGGGUCGAGCAGAGUUUAACUUCGUUUUACAAAUGUCCCGUGUGUUUUGUCGAAUGGGCUGUCAUGCCUUGGCUUUGGAUCUCGUUCGAUCCUGGUCGUUCGUUCGACCGUCCACAGCCUCCCGUAAACCAAGAAUCUCCAAAACAGCGGCCCCUGUGCCACGGCCACUCUUCCCAUUGGAACCAGCCUUGCGUCGAAGGUCUUCAAUUAUAAUAGACAUGGACGUUAUUUCCCUCCCACCAACACGCUCAGCUUCGCCUGUGCAAGAUACGGAGAAACCUCUGGUCAUGGAACCCAUUCAGGAAGAGAGCGAUCUAUUCGCAAGGAAGGCUGGACUAGGCGACUUGAUGAAAUCUGCCAAACAAGAUGUGAAGGUACCAGAGUUCGACAUAAAUGCGUUUUUCUAA